CCACAUUCGGCGAUUUCAUCUAAAGCUGUUGUCUCUACUGGCCUUGAGCCGAUUGGUAUAAGUGAGCAGACUAUGGAUUCACUUCAAAGGCAUUCGUCUAUUCUUACUUCUGAACGAAAAAAAAGAAGUAAAAUUGGAAUUCCAGGGGUAGCAACGAUAGAAGAAGUGCGAAACUAUAAACUUUUAUCAACAUAUAGCGGUCUACAUAGUGCUGCGAGUCCUGGAAUUUUGUGUUUAGAUAUAGCAGAAAAUGAUUUUGGGAAAUUCAUCGCUACCGGGGGUAAUGAUGGGAAUAUUGUGGUCUUUGACAAAGAAAAAGAAUUGGUAAUAAACACUUUGAAAGGGCAUUUAAAAAAAAUUAAUACUGUUAUUUUUCAUCCCACUGAGGAAAUGAUUCUUUCUUCUUCGUAUGAUAAUACUAUCAGGUUGUGGAAUCUAACAGAAGAAAAUGGAAGUUCUGUUUUGGAUAUACAUCAAAAUUCAACUAGUGAUAUUAGUUUGCAUCCAUGUGGAAAAUAUUUACUAAGCGGUACUAGGGACGGGAACUGGGGGUUUACGGAUAUUCACAAUAACCAACUUAUAUUGAGAGUGGAAGAAGAGGAACUGUAUCGAGGUAUAAAUUGUGCGAAAUUUCAUCCUGAUGGGUUAAUAUUUGGUUUGGGGAAUUCUAAUUCAUCUAUUCGUAUAUGGGAUCUUAGAGGACCGAUCAAUGUAGCAACUUUUGAUCAUCAUAAUGGGCUUAUUAAUUCUAUGUCGUUUUCUGAAAAUGGUGAAAAUUCUCUUCCUUAU